AUGAUGUCGGAUUUUAUGGACGACGACAACCAAUUCAACCACCCAAACGCACGGCGGAGAAUCUGCAAUGUCUGCGAAAGGCCGGCGACCGUGUGUCUAUGUGACUCAAUUCCGGCCGAACCAUUCUCCACGAGCACGCAAAUCAUAAUCCUGCAGCAUCCACACGAACAGCGCCACCCACUCGCUACAGUGCCGGUGCUUAGCAAAUGCCUCCGCAGCUGCCAAACCCUAAUUGGCCGUCGAUUACGACGGGGUGGGUCGGCUCUUCUUGACUCUCUCCAUGAUGCUGCCACCGAAGAAAACCCUAACCAAUGUCUACAUGCGGCUUUUCUCUUUCCUGGUACGGACCUCACUCCUUCAAUGGAGAUUAACCAGUGGAAGUCUUCAUUUGGGGAUGAUGAUUCAAACAAAUUUGUUCUGAUUGCUUUUGAUGGGACAUGGAAGCACGCAAAGGAGAUGGUAUGCUCUAGCUUUCCAUUUUUGUCAAAGUUUGCAACUCAGGUAUGUUUGAGUUAUGAUGCUAAUGUUGAUGGCGGAACAAUAUACAACUCUGAGUUAAUACUCAGGAAGGAACCUUUUGGUGGUUGCAUGAGUACAAUGGAGGCGGUUGCACGGUGUUUACGAGUUCUUGAACCAAAUGGGGUAGAUAUUGAGUCUAAGUUGAUUAGUGUUUUGAGAACAAUGGUCAGUUUUCAGGCUUCCUUCUUAAAACCCUUAAAGCCAAGGCCCAAGUUGUUGAAAACACGUAAAGAUGAUGAGAAAAAGAUAAGUUGAGAAAUUAACUGUUCGGGUGAUUAUAUUUGUAUUGUCAUGUCCAUUAGUAUCUAUUGACAUAAUGUUCAAUCUCUCUAUUGAUAUAUCACAAUUCAUGAACUCCUGUGUCAUGAAAAUUCUAUGGAUUUUGCAUGCUGGAUCAUGCUAAAGUAAAGGAGAGAAACAGAAACACAUGAGCUGAUUUUUUUUCUCCUUUUGACCUAAUUAAAAGUUUAAUUUUCAAGAAACAUGUUGAAUUGUAAACAGUGAGCCAGUAUUUGACAUAUCAAGAUUCCCAGUGACAGAGUUCAAGAGUCUUGUGCCAUGGGCUGAGGGUAUUUGUUGGCAUAAAAUGACCACAGCAAUGAC